AUGCCGCAUAGUGAUAUAGGGACGUUGAUGGCGUGCAUCACCAAGGGCUCGUCCCAGCGCUAUGGUGGUGUGUCUCGUGAUGGUCGCAUACUGGGAGCGAACCAGGGGAAACGUGUUAAGAGUGAAAUGAUGAUUUUAGGAAGCGCAGAGAGGUGGUAUAGGAUAUUAUUGAUAGGUGAAUCCUUGAGGAGACUCAAGGGUUCAAGAAAGGAUAAAUGUGUACCAAGGCACGCUAAGCCCCCAGCCUUUUCACUCAUGAUUUGCGCUGCUGCUAGCACCAAUACUACUAUGAACUACCCCGGCCGUGCCUUAAAGUUGACGCCAAACGGGCGCGCUCUGUUCUACACUGAUAACUCCACAGUUAACGGGGCUACUAAUCAUUCCUGCGCACGAAUAAUUACGGCAUUUGGUAGGGCUAGUCGGCGUAUGACGACAGGACCGCCGGCGCUAGUGGAAUAUAACGCAAUGUUUCACUACAGUACACCACCAACCACAUCUGGCCUAGCCAUGGUCAGCCUUGGCACAGCCAUGUUUACCAACAUGUUAAACCACACCACCAAACCUAAUGAACAGACGGCACUAAUUACUCAAACAGAGAGUGUAUUGUCUGAGAGCAACAUUAGCCUCAUUUCGAGUACGAGUUCCAGCGACACUUUCUCUGCUUCGGUCGCGGUUAACGAAGAAGCAAGGCUGGAGCCAGGUCCAACUUCUCCUUCAACCGAAGCACUGUCUUCGUUUAUCCCUUUUCUAAGUUUUGACAACAAUAGGUGCCUUCAUCUCUGA